AGAGGCGAUGGGAGACAACCAGCUAGUGUUAGGAGCUAGGCCGCGACAACACAGCCGGCGUUACUCUCAGAAAGCCACUGUUCAAACCAGCCCCCGUUUAAAACGAGCGGCGGCUACACGCUGAACUGUAGGAGACGUGUGUUUGAUACCCGCUUAUUUAUCCACGAUGCUAAGCUUACGUUAGCUUUUUCGCCGAACGGGUUGCGUUCAAUGUCACGUUACUGGGCGUGGAAAGGACAGACAGGUGUUGCCAGCCUGUCUGCCUGCCACAGCUUUUCAUUUCACGUGUGUCCUGUAACGUUGUGAGUUGAGGAUCCUUAUGAAGGCGGAGACGACGAGGCGGCGCUCGGACUUGGAGAUGUGUGCUGCCCAGACCCAGCUGUGCCUCUGCACCCAGUGUCUCUGGCGACCCACACGUCCACGGGAACCACAGCUGAUCUAGAUGGAUGACCCCGACUGACCGGGACCCCUCGAGUUAUAGUUUCUCAGAGACAUAACUGUUAACUUCUAGCGACAAUGUCUGUCUCCACUGUAUUGGCAAAGGCGCUGUUCGACAACACGGCAGAGAGCCCGGAGGAGCUGGCUUUCCGGAAGGGUGACAUCCUGAUGGUUCUUGAACAGGAGCAGGGUGGCGGUCCGGGCUGGUGGCUCUGCUCCCUGCAUGGCAGACAGGGCAUUGCCCCUGCCAACCGCCUCCGACUCCUCCAGACUGCCCCACCCCCAGGCUCAGACCUCCGUCACGGCUCCGUUGAGGACUCGGUCUACCUGUCGCCUGGUUCCCCACUGGCCCGGACUGCUGUCAGCAGCAGCGCAGAGGACAUAGAUGGAGUGUACCGCUCCCCGCCAGGUGUGGGCGAGGGACGGGGAGCUGGAGCGGUCUCGAGGCCCGGGGAGCUCCGAAGAGUUGAGGGUGGGCGCCCACGCUCGCACUCCAGCUCCGGCACGCGGCCCAGGCCUGACUGGGACAUCGGGGCGGCGGGGCGCCCGCGCUCACCCUCUCUGAGAGGACGCGGCACAGACGUGACGGGAUCACUUUACCAGACUCCAGUAAGUCCGAUGCCUGUAGCAGCUCAGCAUGCCAGGCAGCCAGGAGCUCUCAUGGCCUCAGAGUCCGUGUACCUCGCCCCCACUGGAGUGCCGAGGGCAGCGGAUGAACCAGAGGACACUACAUAUCUAGUCCCCAGAGAAACACUAACAACAGACGACUGUUACUUGGUGCCCAAAGGUACACCGCUCGCAGGUGACGAUGUUUACCAAUCCCCAACGGGAGGAGUUGUGGCCACCGCUGUCUGCUCUAACGGCCCCUCCAUAGUCUGUGGAUCACCCAGUACGCCUCAGCCAAAAGUGAGCCAGGACACACCAGGGAUGUACCAAACACCCACACCGGUGGGAGCGAGCCUUCACAGGACGACAGCUACAGUUUUGGCCCACCAGCACCCAUCUCAGUUAUCCCCUGCCCAAGCGUCCCCCAGACCUCUGCUCAAGGGAGUGUCACCCAACAAUGCUGUUGCCAGGGGAAAACCCGGCCUGGCCUCUCACCGAGGGUCCCCUUUGCUGGUCAGAGCAGGGCAGAUCAGGGUUCCUGGAUCACCAAAUUUUGCUCGCAAACCUCCUCCACCGGCACCUCCUGUGAGGGGAGUCACCAGAAAAGAUGCACAACAAGCAGCGCCACCCUCAGCUGAUUCUAACGCUGCCCCCAAACCCACUGCUCAGGUCGCUCCUUCAAGCCUGCAGCAAGAAGUGGACAAACAGAGGGGAACUCCUCAGAGUAAAGAGGACAGGACGCAUAAUGGCCUGGAGAAAAUACGCAAUGUGCAGAACAAAAAGGGAGAAAAUCAGGAUUACUCGGAUGCCGUGGAUGAACAGGUGUAUGAUACUCCUCCCAGUGGCAGGUGGCAGCGUCCAGUCCCGUCGGGCCUUGAUGACAAUGAUGGCAUCUAUGACACCCCUCGCUAUGUCCCACCACAAACCGACUCUGAGACGGAGGUCUAUGACGUCCCCACCAUCACUCUGAAUGUGUCCACCUCAGAUGUCCAGCCUGAUGAAGUUGACGACGAUGUAUACAGUGUCCCAACCCUUCCUGGUGUGCCUCUGGGCCCAGGGGAGUCCACCACUAGCCUCACCGGCGAGGAUGCUGGACAAGUGUAUCGCGUCCCCGGACCUGAGAAACGAGCCAACGGCGGAGGUCAUAACCGGGACUCCUCGGAGCCCGACUGUGGCAUCUACGACAUGCCUGCUUUGACUGUCGACGUCCUCCCUCACUCUUUGUCAUCCUCCUCCACCUCUACUCGCCGCCUCUCCGUCUCUAGUAACGGUUCCGGUGACGUGCAGUGGAGAGCCUCGCUUUCGAGCCUCGUUCACGCGGUGCUGAGCACAACCUCCUGCGCGGCCUCCACUCUGUCGUCACGGGAUUUAGCCACCUCGCUGGCGGAAAUCCUGUCCACCUGGAAAGCCAGUCAUUCAGAUGAUCCCCCGCCACCUCUUCAGCAGGCGUGGGCUCGUCUGUCGGACCUUCUGCCGGCGCUGUCCGCCGUUGGCAACGAUCCUCCAUCUGAAGGGCUCUUGUUGCUGGUCCAGCGGUCCCUCGAGGAAAGCGCCCUCCUCUUGCAGGCUCAGGGCCGACCCCGUCUGCCUUCCCAAGACUCGCUGUCCCGCAGGCCAUUGCCCGCGCUCCCAGUGCCUGACGGGAAGUCUUCAGGAGGUGGGAUGGGCUCCCGUAAAGGUAGCUGGAUCCAGGAGAGGCCACUGCCCCCAACCCCUCAACCCGCCUUCCCCUUGCCCCCGACUCCAUCGACGGUGACGCUGACAGUGGGCCCUGAUGAUGGAGAAGAUGACCCCAGCAAUGAGUACGCAGGGAUCGGCUUGACCCCCAUCCCUGCCCCAGUGCCCACUGGAGACAGUGUCGGAUACGUCAAGCUGCAGGGUAAACCCGAGCCACCUCCUGACGCCCUGACUGAGAACGGACAAACUCAAACUAUCACUGCAGAGCCAAGAUUGGCCCCAUCACCCGCUCUACCCGUGUCCCUCUCCCUGGAGGACUCGGAGCUGCUGUCCUUUUAUUCCUCUCAGAGCCUCGCUCACCUCUCCUGCCUGGCAGACGCCAUCGAUGUGCUCUUCAGCAGCGUGCAGGGGAACCAACCGCCCCGCAUUUUCGUGGCCAGAGGGAAGAGUCUCAUAGUGACAGCACACAAGCUGGUGUUCAUUGGGGACACGCUCUCCCGCCUUCUCUCCUCUGCCGACCUCCGGGCCAAGAUCACAACCUCGGGGGGACGACUCUGCCAGGCCUUGAAGUCAGUUGUCGUUGCAACAAAGGGCGCUGCACAAAACUACCCGUCAGUAUCCGCCACCCAGGAGAUGGUGGACCGCGUGGCUGAGCUCUCUCAGCAAGCAGCUGGCUUCUCCACUCUGCUCCAGCGUCUGGCAGAAAUAUCUUCAUGAUAUUUCAUAUCACUUGCUUAAAAACUUUGUUUACACUACACGUAUAUUUUCCCUCUUUGAAAUGCCUUAUUUGUUGUCAGAAUCUCUCGUUACCUUUUCGUUCGAAUGGGAUUGAAGCAAGCGAAGUUGAAUCCAGGAACAAGUGUUUAGCCUUCGCUGCAGCUGUUACUAAGCUGGGUUUUGACUGUGUUGGUCCUGUUCUCCAAGUGUGUGUUGGUUUGCCUUUGUUUAUAUACUGACCUCUGUACUUUGACACCAGGCACACUUGUCAUUUUGAGUGUUAACUUAUUGAAUAUUUUAAGCCCCGCCAUGGCUUUGAGUGUCCGUGGGGACUGCUUAUCUUGGGAGCUUUGCUUUAUUGUGUUUUGGCAUAUUUUCUUCUAUUUUCUUCCCCUCAUAUGAUAGCCACUUCCUUCCCUCCUCUAUUUAUUUAGCCAUCCCCCUAUUCCAAAAAUAGCACAGAAGGAGGCCUUACAUCCUGGUUCUGGCCUACUUUUUACUGUGAUACCUGAAAGGCCUUUUGUGAUUAUCAUUCUGAGGCUGUUGAAGAAGCAUAUCGAGUGUUUGGGGCUUAAUAUGGGAGAAACGGAAUAGGGUGUGGAGAAGGAAGCUUGCCCGACUUCCAUUCUUAAUCUGUGCAAGUAUGUGUUGUGUUUUGUGUAGUACCCAUUUCCACUAAAAAGCAAAGAUUAACUGCAGUACAGCGUGUAAUCCACUGCCUGAGGAUUACAAGAAUCAUCUCUCAACACAUGUCAGUUUACAUUCAUGCAGUCUUACACACCUCAUGAAGAAAAACAAAAGCCUACCAGACAGAGAUAAUAUCUGAGAAUCAAUACAGCGACUUGAGAGGGAAUAAUGAUAGUUGCGUGGGAAAAUUGCCUCAUCCUGUUCUCUCCCACAGUCACGUGGUAGCCUGGAAAUGGAUAAUAAACCAGUUGACCGAGCUCACCUGUCUGCACACGUCUUGUUGUGAUCUGCAUGCUUAAAUUGCUUUGAAAUUUAUUUCCUGCAAGAUGUUGCAAGCUGCUUUGAUGGUUUCAUGUCGGCGUACGGUAGACACUAAGACCAGGUAUUAUAUACAUAUAAUUCAGUAAUAAUGUAAAGAAUAGCAGUGGAAAAAACCGUUCACUGUAUUUGUACUAGAGCUUAACCAUAUCGCCUAGCCCUAGUAGAAACGGUAAAGUCAAGCACAGCUCACUUGUUGAUUGAAAUGGGACAAUUUUGUGUUUCAAAUCCAACAAAACGAAAACCUGUUUUCUGUCUCAGACCACUGUAUUACUUUCUCACCUCUCAUUUCAUGUAUACCAGUCAAUCGGAUGCAAUAUGUGAGUCUGGAAGACUGGACGUUAAACAAACGUGAGGUUUCUCACAUGUACACUACAAAUGUUAACUUGUAAACACCAGCUUCGUCUUUAGGGUGCUCUACAAAGCUUGAUUAUACUACUUAAAAGUGUUAAGAUCUAUCUUCUGUAUCGUCAAUCAUGUUUCUUAACUUUAUAUUCAAGUUUUAUUUUUCAGAUUCAAAUCACCAGAGCACUGCAUAAUCAGUUGUUUGGCUCAGUUUAAAUCAUUAUUUGAAGAAUACUCUUACUAUCUUCCUGCUUUUACGUUUUCUCUGCUGCAGUGACACCUUGUGGGGGUUUGAAGUAUUACUUAAUAAAUACCUGCCUGCCAAAACAGGCUCUAUACUGUAUGUAUGAGGAGAGCAUGAUCGGCAAGUAACCUUUAACUCUGUAUUUAUUAUUGUCAAUUUUUUGUUCUUUGCUUUCCAGUUUGCAUGGCUUUAAUUUGUUCAGAUUUUAUAUAUGCACAU